AUGGAUACUAACGAAUUAGAUUGCGGAGGCGAAGGCAUAUAUGUACAGAUGCUCCGCAAGCGGUUAUUGAUAGCAAUGGAUGUGGCAUUUGGAAUGGAGUACCUGCAUGGAAAGAAUAUAGUGCACUUUGAUUUGAAAAGUGACAAUUUACUUGUAAAUCUGCGAGAUCCACACCGGCCGAUUUGCAAGGCAUGUGACUUUGAUCAAAGUUGACUCAAAAAGAAUAUUCACAUUUGGGCCUAUCGAAGGUGUCAGACACUGAUCUCCGGUGGUGUGCGAGGAACACUUCCUUGGAUGGCACCUGAACUUUUGAAUGGUAGCAGUAGCCUUGUCUCUGAGAAGGUUGAUGUGUUUUCUUUUGGUAUCGUACUGUGGGAGCUCCUCACUGGAGAAGAACCAUAUGGUGACUUGCACUAUGGUGCUAUCAUAGGCGGUAUUGUGAGCAAUACAUUGCGGCCACCGAUCCCCAAGUCUUGUGAUCCGGAGUGGAAAACAUUGAUGGAGAGAUGUUGGUCAGCUGAGCCAUCUGAGAGACUGAAUUUCACCGAGAUCGCAAACCAAUUACGUGCUAUGGCUGCAAAGAUUCCUCCUAAAGUGCAAGGCCAAGCACAGCAGAAACCGCCCUCGAUGCAGCCUCCGGUUCCAAAGUGA